AUGCGGUCCUCACUCUUCCAGCGUGGAGCCUUGUCGCUCGCAGUUCUCUCUUUGUUCUCUUCCUCCGUUGCCGCGGAAAUCUUCGAGAGGCUGUCUGCCGUGCCCAAUGGCUGGGUAUACUCCGGUACCCCCAAGGGUGACCAGCCCAUUCGUUUGAAGAUCGCCCUGCAACAGGGCGACACUGAGGGCUUCGAACGGGCCGUCAUCGACAUGUCCACUCCCAGCCACCCCGACUAUGGCAAACAUUUCCAGAGCCAUGAGGAGAUGAAGCGUAUGCUACUUCCCCGCGACGGAGCAGCCAGCUCCGUGCAGAGCUGGCUGGAAUCGGCUGGCAUCACCGACUACCAACAAGAUGCCGACUGGAUCAACUUCCAGACAACUGUAGAGAAAGCCAAUGCUCUGUUGGACACCCAGUUCCAGUGGUACGUCAACAAGGUCAAGGAUGUCCGCCGUCUGCGCACCCUCAAGUACUCCAUUCCUAAGUCUGUUGCCGCCCAUGUCAACAUGAUCCAGCCCACAACUCGGUUCGGCCAGAUCCGCCCUGAACACACGACGCUGCGCACUCAUCCCCAGCGCAUCGACGAGAACUACCUAUCUGCGCUGCUGGCGUCCGGGAACAGCUCUCACUGCGACACGGUCAUUACCCCGCAGUGUCUAAAGGACCUGUACAACCUGGGUGACUACAAGGCUGAUCCGAAGUCCGGCAGCAAGAUCGCCUUCGCCAGUUAUCUGGAAGAGUACGCGCGAUAUGCUGACUUGGCCAAAUUUGAAGAGAAUCUGGCUCCCUGGGCCAAGGGCCAGAACGUUAGCGUGGUCUCGUUCAAUGGUGGUGGUAACGACCAGAACUGGGCAGGCGACAGCGGCGAGGCCAACCUGGACCUCCAAUACAUCGUCGGUCUCGCCUCACAUUUGCCCGUCACCGAGUACACCACUGGUGGUCGUGGUCCUCUCAUCCCUGACCUUAGCUCGCCUGAUCCAAAUGACAACAAUAACGAGCCGUAUCUGGAGUUCUUGCAGAACGUGCUCAAGCUGGACAACAAAGACCUACCCCAGGUCAUCUCGACCUCCUAUGGUGAGGAUGAGCAGACCAUUCCCGUGAAGUACGCCCGCAGCGUCUGCAACCUCUACGCACAGCUUGGUAGCCGUGGCGUGUCUGUCCUGUUCUCAUCUGGUGACUCGGGUGUUGGUGCCGCCUGCCAGACAAAUGACGGCACCAACCGUACCCAUUUCCCGCCGCAGUUCCCAGCCGCAUGCCCCUUUGUCACUUCCGUCGGCGGCACCACCAAGACGAACCCCGAACAAGCCGUCUACUUCUCGUCGGGUGGCUUCUCCGAUGUAUGGAAGCGGCCGUCGUACCAGGAGAAGGCCGUCUCCGACUACCUUGAUACCCUCGGCGACAGGUUCCACGGCCUGUACGAUCCAGCAGGCCGUGCCUUCCCCGACGUGGCCUUCCAAGGCCAGGCCUUCACCAUCUACGACAAGGGGAGUGCUCACGGUGUUAGCGGCACCUCAUGUUCGUCCCCUGGGUUUGCUGCCCUCGUGGCACUCCUCAAUGACGCGCGUCUGCGCAACGGCAAGAAAGUCCUGGGCUUCCUGAACCCGUGGCUAUACAGCGAUGCUCGGAAGAGUCUCAACGAUAUUGUCCACGGUGGUAGCAAGGGCUGUGACGGUCGCAACCGCUUCGGUGGUACUCCUAACGGCAGCCCUGUUGUGCCGUUCGCCAGCUGGAAUGCCACCGAGGGGUGGGAUCCAGUUACUGGACUGGGAACCCCCGAUUUUGGAAAGCUCCUAGAAGUAGCGCUCGCCGCAUGA